AUAAUUUUUCUCUGUCAGGUAACUGGUGGACUCUCAACUAUCUCUCAGGCAACUCACUCUGCCGCAGGAGCAGUUGUGUCCAAACCUCGUGAGAUUGCCUCUCUCAUCCGCAACAAGUUUGGAAGUGCAGACAACAUCUCUGCUCUAAAAGACUCUCUGGAGGAACAACAAGGAGACGAGCCUGUAACAGGUACAGGGACAGCAGGCACUAGGACCCUAGGAUCUGGGCAGCUGCAGUCCAGCCCAAAGUAUGGCAGUGAGGACGACUGCUCCAGCGCUACGUCAGGGUCAGCAGGAGCAAAUAGCACCACGGGGGCUCCUGGAGGCCCUCCGAGCUCAAAGGGUAAUACACUGGAGCAUGGCCAGAGCUCUGGCUUUGAUGCACUGCUGCACGAGAUCCAGGAACUGAAGGACAACCAGAGUCGGCUAGAAGAAUCCUUCGAAAACCUUAAGAGCCACUAUCAGAGAGACUACACAGAAAUCAUGCAGGCGCUGCAAGAGGAGAGAUACAGGUGUGAACGUCUAGAGGAGCAGUUGAAUGAUUUAACAGAGCUGCAUCAAAAUGAGAUUCUCAACUUGAAGCAGGAGCUGGCCAGCAUGGAGGAGAAAAUUGCUUACCAGUCUUAUGAACGAGCCAGAGACAUACAGGAGGCGCUGGAGGCCUGUCAAACGCGCAUCUCUAAAAUGGAGCUUCAGCAGCAGCAUCAACAAGUGGUUCAGUUGGAAGGUUUGGAAAACGCCACCGCACGCACUUUACUUGGCAAACUCAUCAAUGUGCUGCUGGCCGUCAUGGCGGUACUCCUAGUGUUCGUCUCAACGGUGGCAAACUGUGUAGUUCCGCUGAUGAAAACACGUAGUCGUACGCUUUCAACAUUGCUCCUUGUCAUAAUCAUGGCUUUUCUGUGGCGGAAUUGGGAAGCCAUGUCGCAGUACCUGGACCAGUUUCUGCUGCACCCCAGAUGACCUACAGGGUGCGCUGUGGUUGUCGUUUCAUGAAGGGAUUGGAGGUUGGGGACUUUUAUUCAAAGAUGGAGACUAACACUGCCUCAGUUGCACUUAGUAUGAAGGGACGCGGCAAAAGAGUAGAGGACACUGACGAAUCCUACAACCUCUUUAUCUUGUUUCUUUAACAGGAGUGAAUUUGUUUACAUUUUGAUCCUUUUUUGUCGACACAAAUAGUAUUGCUGAGUUUCCUUUUAUUUGUUGUUGGAAAUGAUGCAAGCCAUGUUUGUCCAUUGUUCUCGUAAUUAUUAUUGUUAGUAUAUACAUUUAUGCAAUUUCCUGAGUGUUGCAUUACAUUGAAUUGACUGGAGUGGUUUUAACGUGCACUGGAUGGAGAUGCUUCUCCUCAUUUUUUUUUUAUACCAUAUUAACUGCUCUCUUCCCUCCUAACGUCAAGCUGUUUCUUUAAUUUCUCUUAAUUUGUCUCUUCUACUGUUGUCUCACAUCUCUAACUUGAUUCAUGUCCUGUGCUCAUCACUUCACUCUUCCCACUUGAAACCAUUUGCUGCUGUUUGGACUUCACUGCAGUUGUUGCUGAAUGAAGGAAACGAUGGAUUUGUUGAAGAGGAGGCAUCUGGAGUUUGAUCAAAUGGGCAGAGGAACACUCUGGACCCGAGUCGGCUCCUUUUCGUCUCCGGCCCCAUGUCCUCAAAGAGGCACAGUCCUCUGGUAUAUGAACAGAACGAACAUACUUGAAGAGCUAGAAAUGCUCAAAGACUCUCAGUGCUUCCGUACUGUUUCUUAUAGCGACAAUGAAAUAGUCCUUUUUAGUUUUAUUUUUUAUUUUUUAAAACUAAAUUAAUAAACACGCGGUUUUAAAAAUGCAAAGUUGCAUGACUGAAUAAUUGUGAUUCAGAACGGUUCAAAUGCACCAGGAGUGCAGCAAUAUUGUGCCUUCACUUUGCAGAUCACAGGUUUUAAGUUUCCUCAUGCAUCCCCCAUCACCCUCUUUUGGUUUUAGGAAUGUUGAUUUAGUAAAGUUCCCUUUUUGAUAUAGAGCUAAAAUCAUUUGUAAAAUCACAGGUUUUGGGAUAAGCAAGCUUUUUAAUUGGAGCUAAAAUGUUUAUUCAUUGUCAUGUCAGGCAGAAAGGUAAGAUGUCCAGUUCUUUAAAGUAUGCAGGGUUUUUGAUAUACUUCUUCAUAUUAACAUUUAGCAUCUUUAUCCUAUUUGAAAGGUAAUUUGUAAAACAUUUUUGGAAUAAGCAAUAUCAUACAGUUUAUCUUUUUAUAAAUUAUUUUAUCUUGGGACAGAUGUUUUUAUUUAUAUCAGGGCAAAUUUGUUAUAAAACUGUACUGCAGAUAAAUAUAUUGCAAUAUGUAUUUGCUGAAAGGUUACAAAAACAAUUUUUAACUGUUUCAUUCUUGCUGAGUCGAGCCUGAUUUUGCAUUUAUGCGGUUUGGCACAUUCGGACUGUACAGCAAUUUUUUGUUGAUUUUGGGAACAAUAUAAUUUUGGUCACUUGUUGAUUUAGUAAUUUAUUGAUUUUUAAGAGUGUAUAAGAGUGAAAGUGUGACAGUUUGCAGUCCUGAUAUUAAAACAAAGGUAUGUUAAACCUUGUGCAUGUAACUGCAGGGCAAAUUACAAAGAUUACGCAAUAUUUUUACUCAUCCGGGUCAUAAAAUGUUGAAUAAAUUAAUGUACAGCU